CAAACCGUUUGAGGUGCCCAUCUUGCAAUAGAUCGCGCAGUACUGGCGGAUUAGGGUGCGCCCGUCGUGGCGCCUUGCCAGCGUGCUCGCGUAAAUCAACUCCAGAAAAGUAGCAGCAGUGCUUUCAGGGGCAAGCUUUGUUCGCGUAGCAUACUUCGGCUAUUGAUCUGGUGUUCCCAAGCUUUAGCGGACUGGCGAUCUAGUUGCGAUGGCGCAGCACCCAACUAGCCCGACCUGGGUCGGCGAGCAAUUCAUCAGCAAGUACUAUGACGUGCUGGAGAGGCUGCCCAAGUAUUUGCAUCGCUUCUAUAGGGAGAACAGCACGUUCACUGUGACAGAUGAGCAGCUCAAUGGCUCCGCAGCUGUGGAGACGGCGAGCGGUAGCCUAGAGGCCAUCCAGGAGAAGGUCAUGGCCACGGUUGCGAACGCGGUCGUCGCGGGCGACAAGUCCCUUGACGCUCAGUUUUCGGAGGGUGGUGGCGUUCUGCUGCAGGUGGCGGGCUUCAUGAAGCUGCACGGUGUCGACAGGAGGUUCGUGCAGACGUUCUUCCUGGCCACACAGGAGAAGGGCUACUAUGUCCUGAAUGACAUGCUGCGUAUCCUUGCUCCUGAGCCGCUGGCCAGCCAGCUGCCGCCGAGGGUGGACAUGACCCCUGGAAUGGCCCCUGGCAUGUCCGUUGCCGCGGCCCCCGUGCCCGUUGAACCCGUAGCGGCAGAGGCCGAGCCAGCUGUGCAGGAGGCGGCUGUCGCUGCCCCAGCGCCUGUAGCAGCUCCUGAGCCGGAGGUGGUAGAGGCACCCGUGGUGGCUGCUGCUCCGACGCCCGUGGUGCAGGCCCCACCGGUGGUCCCGGCGCCGCAGCAGGCCCCUGUCCCGGUUCCGGUGCCCGCGGCCCCGGCCGCGGCUCCGGCGCCGGUGCAGCCGAAGCAGCCUGCCCCCGCCGCUGCAGCGCCUGCUGCUCCGGCGCCUCCGCUGAGCUGGGCUGAGCGUGCUAAGCUGGCAUCCGCAGCCAAGCAACCCGUGCCCGCAAAGGCACCACAGCAACCGGCGCCGGCAGCAGCAGAGGCGCCGGCCGCGGAGGUGUCGUCUUCGACGCCGGCAGCUGCCGAGGCGGCCACCGGCGCUCCUGCGGAAGCGCGUGGCGACGUGGACUCGGACAGCCGGGUGCCUGAGGCCCUGCCGGCCGUGCCGCUUGGCAUGGACAACGACCCAGGCCAUGGCGUCUACGUGCAGGGCAUUCCGCAAACCCUGUCGGAGGAGGACCUGGUGAAGCUGCUCAGUGCCCAGUUCGCACAGUUUGGCGCCUUCGGCAUGGGUGGCGUCAAGAUUGUGAAGUCACCGCGCUUUGGCAUGGUGGCGUACGUGUUCUACCAGGACGAGAAGUCGCGCGACGCUGCUCGCGAGAGCAGCGGCAAGCUGCGGCUCUCGGAGGCUGAGAGGCCCCUGAAAAUCCUGGGCGCGUUGCCAGAGUUUGAGCGGGGCUUUGCACAACGUCCGGGUGGCCGCGGCGACCGUGGCCGCGGCAGCGGCAUGGGCAGCGGAUACAGGGGUGGCCGAGGCGGUUUCGACGGCGUCCGCGGGCGCGGUGGCCGAGGUGAAGGCCGCGGCGACCGGCCUCCCAGCGGAGGGCCCGGCGGACGUGGAGGUCGGGGCGCUGAGCGCGGCGGCCGCGGGGGCGGCCCAGGGCGUGGGCCCCGCGACCCGGCGAGCGGGCCCGUGGUGCCGAAGCAGCCGUAACUGAGCGGCGUCUGGGGUGCUGGUGAGGGGUGAUGCAGGCUGCGUGCACAGCAGCAACUGGUGCACGGGCGGGGGUUAGCAGGGUUAGGCAGCGACUGGUUUGUGAGUGCAUUGUGUUUUGCUGGCGUACUUGUGGCAAGAAACUACCCGGGCGGUUCUCUGUGAGGGAACUUGAUGGCUGGGGGCGGAUUUGCAGACGUCGAAUGUAGUGUGCCCGGAAGGGGUUGUGCAGGGAUCCCUCACAUGGCCCGCACGGUCUAUCAUCUGAUGAGCAGGGCAAGAGUUGCGAGCUUGUCCUGCAGUGGCAGGUGGCAUCAUACACGAUUGCGUGCUCUGUCAGUGGUGAGUGGGCAUGCUGGAGUAGUUAGGGUGCAGUUGGCGAGCGAUCUGGCUGGAGUGAGUGCAGGCGCUUUCUCGAGGUAUUUGCUCUGAUGGGGCAAGCGCCCCAAACCGAUUGAUAUGAAGAGUCGAGUAGUCUGAGACCUGGCCCUUUUUUUUUGCGGAUGCGUAGUUAAGCGGGCAGAGUUUGCAAAGGAACAACAUAUAGGGGCGACGGUUUGCUCGUAUGCGGCGCAUAUUUGCGUGUGCAUACUUGGUGACAGGGACACGUCUUGCUAUAGGCCGCCAUGGCCAUUUUGAAAGGCACGAUGCUUGUGACCCUUGAGGUGACAUGACGUACUGUGCAGGCGUCGGCAGGAGUAUGCGUUCUGCGUGACAAAGACGAGCGUUUUUUGACAAGGCCACGGCCGCUGCUAAUACUAGACAGAAUUGCUUGACUAACCAUCGUGCGCGACAUUAUUGACGGGGUAUUGCCUUAUACCACUGUCCAGUUCGUCAUUGUAACUCUGGUAUGUACUG